AUGAUAAAGGAAAUAGUAAAAAGUAGGAUACUACAGAUGUCCAGUGAGUAUAGCAAGCCCGAGGUUUUGUUUCUUCUGGACUAUAAUCUCGGUGGAGGCAAGGAGCUCCGGUAUAAAGCAUAUGUCCACGUACUGAAAGCACUGAAUGGAGAGGUGAGCAUGGAGAACCUUAUUAUGGGAUAUUCUGUGGAGCUGCUACAGGCAGUGCUGUUGAUUGUAGAUGAUAUAAUGGACAAUUCGAAGAUAAGAAGGGGAAAGCCAUGUUACUAUCUCAAAAGAGGAAUGAAGACAGUUAAAGAUGCAUUUUUUCUUCUGGGAGCCAUAAGAAAGCUGCUAAGCGAAAAAAUGAAGAAACCCUAUUCGGAUUCAGUAUUUAAGACCUGUCUUGGGCAAACACAUGAUACUAUCAGAAAGACAAGAUCGGAGUACAGCCUCGAGACCUAUGUUGCCAUAGCAGAGAGCAAGACAGGAGCAUACACCUUUUAUCUGCCAGCAGUUCUCGGAUAUGUAGCUGCCAACAAGGCGGAACCUGCAUGUCUUUGGGAUUUUUGCAAUCUCGGAGCUUUGAUCUUCCAGAUGCAGGACGACUACCUGAAUUUUCUUCCGGAAAAGUCUAGCAAGUCCAUGAACGAUCUCGAAGAAAUGAAGUGUACCUGGUUUACCUCGAGGAUGUCACAGAUGGAUAACCCGGCAGUCGAGAAGUAUUUUUUGGAUGGCGCAGUAUGCUCCGAGCUGCUUACCAUAAUCAGAAGCCUUUUUGGAGAGUAUUCCUCUACUCUCGACAAGCUUUUGAAGAAGCUCCUCUCUAUGGUUGGAGAGGAUCAAAAGGAGGUAUUUAGAGUUUUUAUUUCGUUCCUUGAUGCAAGGAGAGAAAUUUGA